AUGCUCGCCGAGCUUCCCACCCCCAAGUCGUUGUCGCCGGAUUUCGCACUCUCCCCCAUCACCCCUGACGACAUCGACGGCCUAAUAACGUGCCACCACAACGCCUUCAGCAGCCCGGCGGAGCGCUACUGGUGGGCGCCCGACCUUGGCGCCAUGCGCGUCUUCCAGCGGAGGACCAUGGCGCUGAAUCUCACCAAGCCCGGGCGGCGAUACUACAAGAUCACCCACAGGGCCUCUGGCAAGGUCGCCGCGUGGACGACCUGGGUCCUGCCGAAGGGGUUCGAGAGCCUUGGCGGAGUUCCGGCGGCCGCUGCUGCCGCCGAUAAUCUUGUCGUGGGCGGUGGUGAGGAGGUCGUCGAUGUCGAGGAGGCGACGAAGGAUAAGCUUGAGGGAUUGUCACCACAGGAGAGGGCCAGGAAGAUCGUGGAGCAGAUCGACCCUCCGGAGGGUGCGACUAGAGACGCCCUGGAGCUCGUGAUCCAGCAGGAGGAGGAGAUGCACCAGAAGUACGGUGUCGAGGAAUUAAUUCUUCUUGCUCUCCUAUGUACUGACCCUGCCUUCGAGCGCAGGGGGCUCGCGAGAGCUCUGGUCGAGCCCAUGUUGGCUGUCGCCGAAGCCGAGGGCGUGCCGGUGUGGGUAGAGGGCUCACCCAAAGGUGCAGGAUUUUAUGAAAAGAUGGGGUUUGAGACGAUUGAGACGACUGAAAUUGAUCUAGGUCGAGGGAACAAAGGGCUCACGGGCAAUGUCACAAUGUGGAGUAUGAAGUGGACGCCGCGAGCGACCCCAUUUGAAGCCCAGUGA